AUGGAGGGGUUCCUACCUGCGUUUCACCCGUACUCUGUGUGCGCUGCCCCGGCUCCGGACAUCGGCUGGGGGAAGAGAGAUGGCCGCUUCAUGGUCCCUCAGGGCCUCAAUUACCUUGAGCUGUGCAAAGCCAUCCUGGCCCAGGUUCACCCCAGUUUACCAUUCCCACUGAGGAAAGCCAUCACCAAAGAGUGCGGCGUGCAGGUGAAUGCCAAAGUGGAUAAAACCGUGCAGUGCUCGCUGGGUCCUAAAACGCUGUUCUGCUCAGAGGGAGUCCCCCUGUCCUCAAAGUCCCCCAAGAGCCCGGGGCUGGUUAAAGCAGAGGGGAAUGCCCCGUACUGCACUACACCGGUGAGCCACAUGCGCUUCCUGCGGCCUGUGUCCAUCUACUCCCCCGUGUUUGACCGCAGGAUCUCCAGGAAGAAACUCAGCUAUGCGGAUGAAAGUGAAGGAGAAGCCGAAGAAUCCGUGGAUCACGUUGAGUCAGGGCAUGAAUGUGAGAAGGGCGACAGUGGCAAAGAGGACACCGGGAAGGACUUCAAGACAACUUUCCACAAGUCUACAAAGGGGUCCAGCUUUCAGUUCCUGGAGCAGAGGUAUGGCUUUUUCCACUGCAAAAAAUGCAACAUCCGGUGGGAGAGUGCGUAUGUUUGGUGCAUCUCUGGAACCAGUAAAGUGUACUACAAGCAGCUCUGCCGGAAGUGUCAGGUUGGGUUUAACCCCUACAGGGUGGAGCCCAUCCUCUGCAAGGACUGCUCUCAGACUACCUGCAACUGUGAGAAGAAGCAGCGGCACAUUAACAUGAAGAGGCCUCACCGCCAGGACCUGUGUUGUCGCUGCAAGGGCUCGAGGUUAUCCUGCGACGCCACCUACAGCUUCAAAUACAUCGUCUGAGCUGCCCUGCAUGUUCGCUCGGGUUUGGAAGCUCCCAUUCCUCAGCAGACAUUCAGUACAUGCCACAAAUGGAAGUUGACGUAAAGGACUUUAAGAUCUUUUGGUUGUUUAUUUGAAGCAAUCUCAAAAACGCCAUCUUUGUUUCCCCUAAUUAUCCUGGAGCGUAACUUAAACAUAAACUAUUUUAGUAAGGAAAAAUUAAAUAAAUGUAUUGCAUAUC